GCUACUCGGCUCCAGUACAGCCCCGGCUGUAGCUCGCAAGGACAUAUAGCCACGUUGGCGAAUCCGCCCAUGUUCUGCACGGGGCACUUCGCCCUUCGCAGCUCGCAGCUAUUUCUCGUCACCAGCGUUCCAUAGAUCUGAGUGCAAACCGCGAGGACUCCUUUGCACUGAGUUCUGAGCCGAUAGUGCCGGUUCGUAAGUUCAUCCGGACAUUUCGGAGGUGGUGGAAUCUUUAUUGACCUUCGUGAGCAUCAUCGCUCAUUGAAUUGGUCAAGAAACGCAUUACCUGAUCCCUGACUGGUCUUCGGCUGCGGAAUAAAUACGGUCCAAUUAUGGUACGAGAGCGACAUGCAGGAAAGUAAAGUGGAAAGCUUGGUGUUGGAAUGAUCAGCCAUAAAUUCAGCUGCUCUGCUUGUUCGUCAGUCGAUGCCAACAGCGCCGCCUGCUGAGUAGUGACACACUACGAACCCGUUUGCACGGUAUUGUGAAGAUGUUUCACGACGGGUCCGAGUUCAGACAGUUUCUGAAAUCGCCCAAGUUCAUCUGGCUUCAGUUUGCUUGGGUACUAUGGGCAAACAUCAGGCAUGUAGCGAUCUUGCGAAUUCCCUGGUGUUUUAUGGUAUCAGUCGUGAAGUUGAUCUUGUAUCGCAAAUGGGAGAGUCCCAUCGUAUGCACCAGCACGGGCAGACAUUUAGCUAUCAUAGGCAAGAGGGAGCUGAAAGAUUACACUAUCCGGCAGAAAGCAGUAGAGCAUCCGGAGCUCAAGGAGGGAAACGACUGCGUCGAGGUGGAGAGAGACACUUACUUGAUGGGAAUUUACGGCAUGAGUUUUAUCUGCGACAGCAGAUGCAAUGAGAAGGUGAAGCAAGCUUGUCUCUACGGGACCAAAGAUAAGAAGUCAUGGUAUUACCGGGGGGAUGACUAUUGCGGCCUCGUGGAAGGGUUUUACGAGCUGACCAAUGAGAUUAUCAGUGGCGUCUACAUCGUGGACGAAAUUAGUCAGGUUGAGUUUCUGCGCAGGAUAGUAGAGAUGAAGGGUCGCUAUCAACUUGAGUCAACGGACUGGUGGGUGACCGGCUACCACAAACCUCACGAAAUCAUUUUCAGAUCGCGAUGGUCGAUUCUGAAGUCUGAUUCCAGGCUCUACAGUGCCCUUCCCAUCAUCCCCAUCUUCCUCAACAGCCAAUUUAGUAAGGAGAGUGCCAGUCUCUUCUUUAUGUUCCUGAUAUUCAUAGAUUUACUGCUACCCCUUACCAUCAUGAUUCUCAAUCUCAUGCGAUACAUGGCCAAGACCCGGCUGCAGAUUUUGGUGUCCCGCAUUCGCAGCUGUAGAAUAAGGAAGCUGAUAUUCGAUAUCCUGACAGGGUUCCGCCCUGGGAUGAAGCCAACUCUCGACAAGUUCAACAAAGUGUUUCGACGGAAGGAGAUCUACAUUAUAGCUUUCCCCAAGGAGGAUCCCGUCUGUUACCCCUUUCCGUGUUUCAAAUGCACUCCUUUAAGAAAUGGGCUCAAGACUGACACUGUGAAGCUCACGCUGGACGACGGGUCGAUCAUUCACUACAGUCGCCUGAAGAGCCCGGGCUCAAGUUUUGAAGAAGUACUCAGCUGCGCGUCGUUGAAGACGACCGUCGUCCUGCACGAUGGCACUGGAACUUACGAGGGUCCACCCUCUCAUAGCACAGGAACAUACGACGGUCAAACCGCUCAUCUCUAUUUGCACUUGACGGGCGACGCUAAAGCCAGCAGCAAGCAGGAGGAGCAAGUGGUUGAGAUCAAGAUCGAGAAGGAGCUCGACGUGGAGACUAAACCUAGUAUGAGAGAAGAUGAACCAGUGUGGCCGUUGUGUGAUGAGAGCAUUGAUUUUGUGGAUUGUACGCUUUGGGUGGAGAACCACGAGGGUACCAGAGUUUGGGACGGGACGAACUUAAAGUACACAAGAAAUCAGCGAGCAGUUCUGGAAUUUUUCCUUGAAAAUAUGAGAUCGACUUUCAGCGUGGAGGCGUGCAGCUCGCGGUUGUGGGGCAAGGAGAUUUGUGUGCAACCGAAAAACCUCUUUGACACCUUAGACGACAUAACAUCCAGACCUCAACUGCUUCUGAUGGAGGCUUCGGGCAACUUCUUGGUAGGCCCCUCGAUUCCGAAUCGCUCUAGACUAUUUAGAUUGUGAGAUAUGUUUCCUUUUCCACGACUGCAUAUGAUGGGUGUUUUUUGAGCUUCGUCAGCUCACACCGUAAACAGUGUGCACUGUAAAUUAUUUAAGGUAAGAAUCAAGUAGUGUAUAUUUCGACAGCUGAUAUCAAGGGUGUGGAUGCAACUUCAAUGAUUCGCAAGUCCGUUUUUAUUCAAGUGCCUUCAGCUACUCUUAGAUCUUGGCUGAUCAGUUAAUUUUGAUAGACUUGUCUUAGAAGUUCCCGCUAUAGACUGUCCAAUCUCAAUUUUGUAGUCGCCCUGUAUUGGUUUUGUUCUUAAGUGGAACUCACGAUGUUGGUUUGAGUGGGCAACUGUAAGAGCUGGUCACUCGUUUAAAUGUUGCAAUCGAUCGUGAAUAAAAAUUUCAACCACCUCGAACCAAACGAGAGUUGGAUUU